CCAGCUCUCCUCUUUUGCUACUGCCUGUGCAGACACGAGACCUCCGGCAGUGAGUUUCGGAGCGGCCGCGUUAAGUUCUGCCUCCGCAUUAGCUGCGGUUUCCGGAGGCUGGGUGCAUACGGGUGAAGCCGGUGGCCAGCCAGACAUGCCUAACCGGGUGGGCAACGACUCCGGGGGCGGCGGCGGAGCGGGGGAGCCCGUGGAGGCCAGCGGCGGCGUGUACGAGACAGUCCUGCCACCGGGGAAGAGCGAGCGGUUCGCGGAGCCCGUGUCCGCGCCGCAUGGAGGCGGGGGCGGCAGCGACAGCGACGAGGUGGAGAUCACGCUCGACGUGCUGGACGACUCGGUGGUGGUGCGAAGCGUGAAGCCGGUGGCGGGAGGGGAGGACUCGGCGGUGACGCUGGAGAAGCGGUCGUCCUCGCACGGCCGUGGCGUGCUCCGGAACGCCUCCGCGCGGGUCAAGCAAGUGUCUCAGGGGCUCCGGCGGAUCGCGUCCUUCAACCUCCGGGGAGGCGGCCCUAGCCGCAUCGACAGGUCCAACUCCAAGCCCGUCGCCACGCACGCGCUCGAGGGUCUCAAGUUCAUCAGCGGCACUAACGGCUCCGCCGAGUGGACCGCCGCCGACGCCGAGAGGGUUUUCGACAGAAAAGCCAAGAAUGGGCGCCUCUCCCGCUCCAAGUUCGGCGAGUGCAUCGGUAUGAAAGAGGCCACGUUCGCCGGUGAGUUGUUCGACGCGCUAGCAAGGCGGCGGAACAUCACCGGAGACAGCAUCGACAAGUCGGAGCUGCGUGAGUUCUGGGAUCAAAUUUCAGACACCAGCUUCGACAGCCGCCUGCAGACCUUCCUCGACAUGGUGGACAAGAACGACGACGGGAGAAUUAGCGAGGACGAGGUCAAACAGAUCAUCACGUUGAGCGUAUCGGCGAACAAGCUAACGAUGGUCCCGCGACAGUGCGAGGAGUAUGCACGUCUCAUCAUGGAGGCGUUGGACCCCGACGAACUCGGCUACAUCGAGCUGUACAACCUGAAGAUGCUGCUACUGGAGGCGCCGAGCGAGUCGACAACCAACAGCCACAAGCUCAGCAAGCUGCUGAGCCAGCGUCUCCGCCCAACGACGGAUCCCAGUCCUGUCCGACGGUGGUACAAGCGUGCCAAGUGCUCCUUGGAGGACAACUGGCGGCGCUGUUGGGUAAUGCUUCUGUGGCUCUCCAUUUGCGUGGGCCUCUUCGCCUGGAAGUUCAUGCAAUACCGCCAUCACGCCGUAUUCGGGGUGAUGGGCUACUGCGUGUGUGUGGCCAAGGGCGGGGCCGAGACGCUCAAGUUCAACAUGGCGCUCACCCUCCUCCCCGUGUGCCGCAACACCAUCACUUGGCUCCGGAGCCACACCACCGCGGGACGAAUCGUGCCCUUCAACGACAACCUCAAAUUCCACAUGGCGAUCGCCGUUGGGAUCACUGUCGGCGCCGGGCUACACGUCAUCUCUCACCUGGCAUGCGACUUCCCCCGGCUGCUGCACGCCAUGGACGACGAGUACGAGCCCAUGAAGCCAUUCUUCGGCGACGCCAAGCCGCCCAACUACUGGUGGUUCGUGAGGGGGACAGAGGGGUGGACGGGGCUAGUGAUGAUGGCACUCAUGGCCGUCGCCUUUACGUUCGCCACGGCACCGCUCCGCAAGGGGAAGCUCCGCCUUCCAAAGCUCAAGAAGCUCGAGAGCCUCGACAGCAACCACGAGCCUAGGGAGCUCACCCGCUUCGCCAGGCUCGUCAACGCCUCGUGUAGCCGCCUCACUUGGUUGGUCAACGCCUUGCUCAACCGCUUCACUGGGUACAACGUCUUCUGGUACACACACCACCUCCUCCUCGCCGUUUACGCGCUGCUCAUCGUCCAUGGACACUUUCUCUACCUCAACAAGAAGUGGCAAAAGAAGUCGACGUGGAUGUACCUGGCGGUGCCGAUGACCGUGUACGCAUGCGAGCGGCUGACGAGGACGCUGCGAUCGCGCGUGAGGUCGGUGAAAAAAGUCAGGGUGGCCGUGCAUCCGCACCCGGCGACCCUGCUGUCGCUGCACUUGUCCAAGCCGCAGGGGUUUAGGUACAAGAGCGGGCAGUACAUCUACGUCAAGUGCCCCGACGUCUCGCCAUUCCAGUGGCACCCGUUCUCCAUCACGUCGGCGCCAGGGGACGACUACGUCAGCGUCCACAUCAAAACGCUCGGCAACUGGACCAACCAGCUCAGGAACGCCUUCUUAAAGGUUUGCCCAACACCGACAGAGGGGACGACCGAGAUUCUUCGGGCGGAGUACAACCGUGACAACGCCGUGUCCAACCCGAGCCUCCCGAAGGUGCUGAUCGACGGGCCAUACGGGGCGCCGGCGCAGGACUACAAGGAGUACGACAUCGUGCUACUGGUGGGACUCGGCAUCGGUGCAACGCCUAUGAUCUCGAUCAUCAAGGACAUCAUCACCAACGCGAGGCGGCUCGACGGGGACGUUGAGUCCGGCAACGGCAACGGCGGCGGCGCGAGCCUGUUCCGGACCUGUCGAGCCUACUUCUACUGGGUCACCCGGGAGCAGGGCUCCCUGGAGUGGUUCCGUGGGGUCAUGGACGAGGUGGCCGAGGCCGACGAGAAGCGCAUCAUCGAGCUCCACAACCACUGCACCAGCGUCCACCAGAAGGGCGACGCCCGGUCGGCGCUCAUCGCCAUGCUCCAGUCCCUCCACUACGCCAAGAACGGCGUCGACGUCGUCUCCGGCAGCCGCGUCAUGUCCCACUUCGGCCGGCCGGACUGGGCCCAAGUCUACCAACGCAUCGCCGACGAGAAUAAGCAAAAACGCGUCGGAGUGUUCUAUUGUGGCGAGCCGGUGCUCACGAACGAGCUGCGCGGGCUUGCAAAGUAUUUCUCAAGAAAAUCAAGCACAAAAUUCGUGUUCCACAGCGAGAAUUUCUAGUUUUGCAAGACAUCCAGCCAGAAGAGGGUUCUCCUUUUAUUUUUCCUGGCAGAAAAAAAGAGAGAGAAGAGGUUUCUCCUUUUGCAGAACCCGUGUUAAUUUAGCUCCUAGAUUAAUAACGUUGUGGCUUCCCGUACUGUGUGCCCGGAGUAGGGGAGAUCGUGGACGCCAGCGGCGGCGUGCGGGAGAGAGCCGUGCCUCCGGGGGCGCGGAAGACCAACGCAACCAACGCCUCUCUGUUUUGCCAACGAAAUCAUUUUCAUUUAUAGUACGUAUUAUUUAUUAAAA